AUGUCAAAUUAUUCAAAUAUUCCAACCUUACCAACGUAUUCUCAAUUCCGAGCCACGGAAACUUGGCAAGCAUUAGUCGACCAUUUCAGAAGUGGUAUGCCGUUAAAAUCACAUCGGUACCAACUUUGGUUUAGAGACAACUGUUUCACGGGAUUUGAAGCAGUUGAUUGGAUGUACAAUGAAGCAUCUUCUGGGAAAUUACAAUAUUUGUUUAAUAAAGGAGUUACACGUCAACAAAUAGUAGCAUUAAUGAAUAAGUUUUUUGAAGCUGAAAUUUUUAAAGCAGUUAGUACAACAUCAACAAAAUUUAAGGAUAAGUCAGAAUUAUAUGAAUUUGCAUUACCAAAGAAUAUGAACAAAACAAUCAGUAAAGGAUCUGUAUUAUCUUCAUUAAAUGUAUUCCUUAUGAAUAAACCUCAAUCGUUGUCUCCUCAACCCAAAAGAAGUGAAAAAGUUAUAAGUAGUCAUAGAAUGAAGUCUUAUUCAAUGGAAAAUGUUGCAAUGAACACAUAUUUAAAUGAAAAUCAUAAAAUUGCUAAUUUCAUCAUACAAAAUUUGCAGAAUAUACUUAAAAGUUUUAAUAUGGAUGAUUUUUUAAAUACCGAAAAUUUAAAUAAGCAGUGGAUAAUCAUGAAUAUUUAUAAUCAAGAUUAUAAUGUUGAUGGUUUAUUUCCUAAUUGGGUAAAGUCUGCUAUGGAUAGCUUAACAUCUGAUAUGGAAAUGAAUGAGUGUACUUAUCCUGGAUUUAAAGCCGAUGUUUAUACUGUAAUCAAGGAUUAUUUUUUAAACUCAGAGGAACCUCUGAUUCCUAUAUCUUUUUAUGAGAUAUUUAUUUCUAUUUUGGUUGUGGUUGAAAGAUAUGAUCAUAUGUGUAAUAAGAAUCUAAAGCAUACAGAAAAUAAUAAUUCAACUCAAUUAUCAACAAACAUGUGCUGGGAAACUGAAUUUUCUACCGAUCACUCAAAAACAUGUAUUGUUAAUAAGUGUUUUGAUAUUUCCGGACAGCAAGUAUCAUCACUUUCCAGGUCUUCUGUCAGUAGUUGUAGCAGUACAUCAUUUUUUGAAUCAUGUGAAAUAGAACAAAGUAAAAUGGAACAUAAACCAUUAAAUAUUUCACAUAAAUAUUCAAAACCGAAGUUAACUCGAACAAUCAGUUCACCAGAAAUAUCUGUAAAAUCACAAUCCUAUUAUCAAAGAAAUAUGGAAAAAAUUAGGAAGAGGAAAAUUGGUCGCACAAUAUCUAAUAACUCAAUUAAUCCAAAAAAUUUAAAUGAACUUGAAGAGAGCUUCUAUUCAGACGAGUAUGGUUUUAAAAAUAAACCAUUGGAAAAUGAUAAAUUUGUUUGUCCAUCUACUUCUGGAUAUGUUAAUUUUGGACUUUUUCAAUCUGAAAAAAUUAGUAAUGAUGAUACCAAUGGAUUUGAUUUAGAUAUGGCAAUUUCUACUCUUCAUAAACUAAUUGAUAUAACACAAAUGGACCACACACAAAUUCUUAAACACCAAUCAUUUAAUGGUUUGAAUGAAAAAUCUUUACAUUUGGGAAUUCUUUUAUAUCAAUUAUUAAGUCUAUGUCUUCCACCAUUGAAUAGAGCAAAAUUACAAGUAUUUUUAAAGUUUAUUUCUCAUCUAUCUUCAACUUACACUAAGAUAACUGAUAAAUUAUUUUGUGCAGUAUUGAGACAAAAUAUUAAUCAAUUUGAAUAUGACUGUUUAGCUACUGAUGUUGUCAAAUUUUUGCUUCACAGUCAAAAAUUAAUAUUUUUACCUAUUAAAACUGAUUCAAUUUUAUCAGAAAAGUUCAAUUCUUUUAGUAAUGAUGAUAAAUUGUUUAAGGAUAGUAUGCACUAUUGUCUUAGAAUAUCAGACAAAGAAUUCGAAAAACAAAGAAGCACUGAAUCUAAAGAAGCCCUUAUUGAAUUGUUGGAUCAAAUCAUAAGUAGUACAUCAAUGUCUAGUAAAGAAAAAAGUAAACGUAUAAAAUUAUUUCAAAAAAUGUACCCUGAUGUUUAUCAAAAAAGAUCUACACUCCUACAACAACAUAAAAAACGGAAUACUGUAUUAAAUGAACUUAAAAUUAAAAAUCUACGAAUUUAA